UGAUUGCAACAUCUUCUGAAUUGCUCAGAGCAGAGCAUGUUUCACUGAUAGGGAAACUCUAGAAGGAGCUGGAAUCAAUCUGAUGAUCUCUCACGACUUGACGACUGACCCUCAGAAGAACUGAGAUCUGGCAGACUCCAAAUGUGGUGGAUUUUAGCAACAACGUGUUGUUUGCUUCUUCCUGGACCCAUAUAUGGCUAUAAGCAAGAGAGCAUCACAAAUCCAGAAGCCAACAUGAACAUUAGUGAAAUUAUUUCUUACUGGGGCUAUCCUUAUGAAAUGUAUGAUGUUGUAACAGAGGAUGGCUAUAUCCUUGGAACUUACCGGAUUCCUCAUGGGAAACGAUGCUCAAGAAAAACAGUUCCGAAGGCAGUUGUAUAUCUGCAACAUGGCUUAGUUGCAUCCGCCGAUAACUGGAUUUGCAACCUGCCCAACAACAGCUUGGCUUUUCUUCUGGCCGAUAGUGGUUAUGAUGUUUGGUUGGGGAACAGUCGAGGAAACACCUGGUCCAGAAAACACCUGACACUGUCACCCAAGUCACCAGAAUAUUGGGCCUUCAGCUUGGAUGAGAUGGCUAAAUAUGAUCUUCCAGCUACAAUCAAUCUGAUCUUAGAGAAAAGUGGACAGAAGCAACUCUUCUAUGUGGGCCACUCGCAGGGCACCACCAUAGCAUUCAUAGCAUUCUCUACAAAUCCAGAGCUGGCUAAAAAGAUUAGGCUGUUUUUCGCACUAGCUCCAGUGGUCACAGUAAAAUACACUCGAAGCCCAAUGAAAAAAUUAACCUCCCUUUCCAGGAAAGCCGUCAAGGUAUUGUUUGGUGACAAAAUGUUCUCCACUCAUACGUGGCUUGAACAAUUCAUUGCUACCAAAGUGUGCAACCGGAAGUUAUUCCGUCAGAUUUGCAGCAACUUCCUGUUUUCUCUAAGUGGAUUUGAUCCCCAAAACUUAAACAUGAGUCGCUUGGAUGUUUAUAUGGCACAGAGUCCUGCAGGAACAUCUGUUCAGAACAUGCUGCACUGGGCCCAGGCUGUCAAUUCUGGUCAACUCCAAGCUUUUGACUGGGGCAACCCUGACCAGAACAUGAUGCACUUCAACCAGCUUACACCGCCUGUAUACAACAUCACUAAGAUGCGUGUCCCAACAGCAAUAUGGAGUGGAGGACAGGAUGUUGUGGCAGAUGAUAAGGACACUAAAAAUCUGCUCCCUAAAGUUGCCAACCUUAUCUACUACAAGGACAUUCCACACUACAAUCAUAUGGAUUUUUACCUCGGACAGGAUGCUCCCCAGGAAGUUUACCAAGACAUAAUUAGAAUGAUGGAAGAAUCUUUGCAAAAUUAAAGGCACUCUAUUUUUGUAAGCAGGUAGGUGUCUUCCAGUAAUAAUAAGACAAACCCUACAGUGGCAUCUCAGUAAUUCUCAAAUUGUAUUAUUCCUUUUUUUGUGUGUUGGAAGAGAACUGAGUGUUCUUUGUAGUCAACAGCAUUUGCAAAGUUGACAGAAGCCAUACCCCUGGCUAAGUUAUUCUAUUUGGCAACAGAAUGGUGAUGGAAUAUAUUACUUCCUUGCAUUAUAAGACACAGCAUUGUGUAUAUAAGAAUUCUAAAGCUAGAGCUACUUUUAUUGGCUUGAGACAAACAGAUGAGAUGAGGAAGUUCACAUAAGCGAGGAACAGUGAAUGACUUCUCAGAGCUGAGGAUGGUCUCUAGCCAGUAACCAGCAAACAUCAGGGCCUACAACCAAUCUACAGCCACAAGAAAAUAAAGUUUCCCACAACUCUGCUUGAGUGUGGAAGUCCAUUGUGUUGUGCUCAAGCUUGCGUUGUGGAAGCAGCCUGGCUUGCAGCCUAUGAAAUCUAGGGCAGUGGCCUCCAGCUAUAACAGGCAUAUAUUCAUGAACUCCAACACCAGUAGCAUAAUAAAUAUGUUCAGUUUUAAACUGUCAACUUUAUUAUAAUCAGUUGUUGGCAAUAAUAAGCUACCGACCAUUAAUAUAGAGCAAGUAUAUAAUAACUGAAAUAUUUGAUUCUAUUAAUUGCAUAGUGAUAUUGAUACUAUAAAGCAUUACAAUCAUAAUUAUGUAAUACUGUAUUACACGUAACAAUACAUUUAUUGCAGUAUAUUAUAUGUUGUUUUGUGAUUGCUUGAAAACUUCAUAUAACCUCAUCUUGAUGUCACCUGAUAACCUUUGGUGUAAUUCUCUUCCUUGACCAUUUGGUUGUAGGUUAUUAAUGACUGAAUCACUCAGCAUGU